AAAGGAAUAGAAUAGUGUUGUCAUAGCAACAGCAAAGGCUUUGUUUUUAAAACUCUGAUAGGGAUUGAGAACAUCAUGGUAAAACAUCAGUUUCAUACUUAAAUUUGUUUUUUUCUCUAUCUGAAAUCCUUCACCUAAUCAUUAUUUUGAAAUAAAAACUGUGAUGCUAUGAAUGAAGUGAGUGAAACUCGGAUUAUUGUCCUGCACGCUAGCCUAGUCAAAAAACGAUCUAAAUCCAUCACCAAGAACGAGGCUUAUAAACCCAGGCAUGCACUACCAGAGACUCGAUUCGACCAUAUGCCCGACGUCGUCAUCGGGAAAAUCAUGUCCUACUUACACUGGCUCGAGCGAGAAUGGCUAGUCCUUGCCAUCCCAUCGAUGGCGCGCAUCAUCAACUCGCCCCUGGCCUGGGAAAACUUCGAGAACGAUAGGACGUACCCCAUAGACGUCCUGCACAUGUACUAUAGCGUGAUCGUCACGCGCGAGCUCAUAGUUAUCCAGCGCUACGGACGCUAUUUCCAGUCCUGCUCAAUCUGGCUUCACAGCUUGGUCGGCGCCGAAGAGUGCGGCGACAGCGACUGCCUGCUUCUCAAAGCCAUCACAGAGAACUGCACGAACCUCAAGCUCCUCAGUAUCAUGCACCCACCUGACGUCACGCUGACGGACUUCAAGUCAAUAUCGAGCUACUACAUGAAGCACAUCAAAAGUUUAGCCGCCAAGCGUGGCGAGAGCUUCAGGCUAUGUCUGAGCCGUUUGUUCUAUUCUUCCGUCAACACAAUCGCUACAGGCAUAGUAAGCUACCUUCUCUAUCUCCAAGAAAAUGAUUUGCUAAGACACAUCUCGUGCUUAGAUUUUUCUCAUGGCCUGGUUUUCGAUGCUCAGUGUGCUUCUUACAUGUUUGGGCUAGUGAACUGUGAAAACAUAAGCAUUCUGAAAUGCCCGAUCCACUCUGUCAACACCACAAUCGUCCUGAGCAUGGCCAAGAAGAAACUAAAACAAUUAUAUCUCGUUAACGACGAUCACACGCAAGAAGCUGGCUUCCUAGAAAAGAUGUAUUUGGAUUGGGAAAAAAUUAGCAAAGAGCUUGCGAGGAAAAAGAAGAAGAAGCGAUUUUUAAUGGUUCAUUACAUAUUUAGAAACAGAGCCAUGAGCCACGAAGAUCUGCAUCCCAAUCCGCUGCUCCACUCUCUUAUAUUCGAUAAUUUGUCCAGCAAUAUCUCCGCUAAACUGUUACGUCGCAUCGCAGAUCAGUAUGGCUCUACACUGCGUAUCCUGGCCUUCUGCAGUAAUUACUGGGAGUUUCUCAUGCAUUUUGCAGACCUCGGAGAGAUCAAUGAAAGCUUCAAGUAUCUAGGUCGCAACUGCGUCCAGUUGACAGCUUUCCUUUCCUGCUUAUCACUGCCGUCGUCUGCUCUGGUUUGCUUAGUCAUGAGCUCUAGGAGCGUCUCUACGGUCCGCGUGUUCAAAGAAAACGUACGGUUGGCUACAGCAGACAAACCGGAAGGUGUAUUCCUGCUCAAGAUGGCGCGGGCGUUAGGACUUCGGAAGUGGGAUAUGGUGAAAAAAGGCGCCAACAUUUUUAAAAUUCCAAAUGUAGAUUGCCGACUGCUCUUCGCAACUUGUUUCAAUGAGUUUUAAUUAGCUAAAACUUAACAUCAUUAGUUGAGCAGUCACUAAGUACACAACAUUAUAGACCAAAACUUUUAGAAACAAAAAUGUACUGUUAUGACGGCAUUUCUUUUCGGAACUUGAUUAUCAACUUUAAUUAAA